AUGGAUGCCUCACUUGUCAUGUUGGAUACGCGAAAACUGCUAUUUUAUUUUCUUCAGUUAAAUUCCCGAAAUUAUCUAUCUAUCUAUCUAUCUAUCUAUCUAUCUAUCUAUCUAUCUAUCUCAUUCUAUUCAGAUCCAGAGCAUAAAAAGCUAUCUAUCUAUCUAUCUAUCUAUCUAUCUAUCUAUCUAUCUAUCUAUCUAUCUAACGAAUCACCUUCCUAUCUAUCUAUCUAUCUAUCUAUCUAUCUAUCUAUCUAUCUAUCUAUCUAUCUAACGAAUCUCCUUCCUAUCUAUCUAUCUAUCUAUCUAUCUAUCUAUCUAUCUAUCUAUCUAUCUAUCUAUCUAACGAAGUCUGUUAUCUAUCUAUCUAUCUAUCUAUCUAUCUAUCUAUCUAAAGUCUCCUUCCUAUCUAUCUAUCUAUCUAUCUAUCUAUCUAUCUAUCUAUCUACAUGGAGCCAGUUGUUCUUUUUUAUUCGGUUCGUUUCCUAUUUCCUGUCAGCGUCUAAGUGGACUGAAUUCUGUGGUGGAUGCGGCCAUUUUUCUCGCAUACCUCCCUCCCUCGCUCCCGCCCACGCUCUCUCUCACUCUCUCUUUCGCUUUGUCUUCGCGCCUGAAAAGAUUUCGUUGUAA